UUGGGCAAGUCUGCGUGUCAUCUGAGAUUAGACAAACCAGGAUGUCAUUCAGUCCUUCUCACCUCUGUUAGUACAUACAGCUGUGGGGUGGGGGUUAUCUCACUCUAAUGAACCUCAAAUGGCCAGCAGGGACAGAGCAACAUAAUCCCCUAAAGUGAAGUCUUUUGAAAGAUACUCUAUUGCAAACAAUGAGACAGACAGGUUUUCUCCUAUCUGUUUUCGGCCUUUUAAUCCUAGAAGUGUAUGUUGCUUCCUCUGCAGGGAAUCUUACGGUGUUUCAGUACCCUGGACGGAUCCUGGCGGCUGAGGGAACCGAUGUAAUCCUGAACUGCCUUUUCCACACUUACCAUGUUCCCAAAGUUGGGCAGGCUUCUUGGAGGAAAGGAUCGCCAUCUGGACAACACAUAUCUGCACAAUAUCCUGAGUACGAAGGACGCCUUGUGCUGACCGACUCCACGUCCUUUAUCUACCAGAAAAACGCUUCCCUUCAAAUCCGUCAAGUGAGGAAAUCUGAUGCUGGGCAUUACUACUGCGAAGUGGAAAUCCAUAACUCUGAGAAACGCUUUGGCAACGGAACCAUCUUGGAAAUUAUAGAGGCUUCAUCUAAAGAUGCUGUAAUCUACCAGCAUCCUUUGUACAUCACAGCCAUUGAAAGAGACACAGCCAGUAUUUCCUGCUACUGCUAUCCUUCGCCGCAGUGCUCUUAUACCAGAAUCUCUCUUCUGAAAAUGCCUAAUAGCCUGGAAGUGUCUGAAAACAUUCUAGUUUACAAGGGAAGGACCCAGGCCAUCGUAUCCCACAGAGAUGCCAACAACAUCACAGAAACAUCAGUACAGAUCAAAAACCUCAGCCUUUCAGAUACCGGAGAGUACAUUUGUGAAGGCUACAUUAGCGGAGAGGUUGUCAGGAGUCAGAACAGUACUGUACUGCAGGUGGUAAGCACAACAGGACUUGACGGCAGUGCAGGAAAUUGUAACUCUACCCCAAUAACAGGACUUGUAUUAAUAUGGACAGUACUGUGGAUAAGUCUCAGCCUUGCUUCCAUUCCUGUCUCUUGGUUCAUCCUUUCCUAAAAGACUACAUUUAUAAUGAAAACCUAAGAAUCAUGGUCCUAGAAACACAAUCACACACACAUGCACACACACA